AUGAGUUCCAGUCCUGAAGUACCGUCACUAGAUGCCACAAUUGGCUUACUCAUCCUUGCCGGUUUGUUGUGGGGUACAUCGGCAGUCCAACUGUACUAUUACAUAGAGGAAUACGUGACAACGGAUAAAUGGCAACUCCAGGCAUAUGUCAUCUUUAUAUGGGCACUCGAUACUGUUCAUCAAGGCAUUCUUUGUCGCAUGAUAUACGUCCUUUUUGUCAAGCACUUUGCUGACGUUUCUUCCCUGAACCACAUUCCCGAAAAUACAUCCUCUGUUGUUGUUCUCCAAGCUGUGGUUGAUACAUUGGUACAGAUCCUCUUUGUUGUGCGGAUCUGGCAUUUGAGCAACAAAAGUGUUGUGUUGACAGGAUUAAACGCCCUGCUUAUUGCUGCUCUCCUCUCGAUCAAUCUCGUUUUCUUCGGCAAGAGUUACGGCUUUUCCAGCUUUGAGCAACUUGCAUCCAUACAGAAUAUAAUUACAGCACUCAACUCACUUAUCACAGUUGUGGACUCAGUCAUUGCAAUCACUCUUGUCAUCCUUCUUCAGCGACGUCGUUCUGCUUACAAGUCGACAGACUCGGUGGUUAAACGCUUGAUUAUGUACAGUAUCAGUACAGGCCUUAUUACUGGUAUUUGGAGCAUUAUAGGUCUUGUUGGCGUUGUUGCCAUGCCUAAAUCGAACUUGGACGUGUUUGUUGAUCUUGUCUUGCCAAGAUUAUAUGUCAACUGCAUGUUUGCCUCGCUCAAUUCUAGGGCAAGCCUUCGAAACGAACUUUCUGAUGGCUCAGCACGCGGAAAAUCAAUUCAUCUAACAACAUUCGAAGCUAACAUUAGGACUGAUGAAACUGUAACACUUGCAAAUGAAAACCCAUCUCAAAGCAGACUUAAUACCAAAGUUGAGAAGAGCACAAUCAAUAGCUUUGAUAGAAAAGGAUUUAUAUUUGCUAUUUUAUUAGAGUUUUCAUACAAGUUCAUCAAAUGUGUAGUUACAGAUUCUCUCACACAGAUUCAGUAA